AUGGUGUUCUAUAUCUGCAAGUGUCAUUCUCAUAAUUGUCACUUUUUGGGGGGAGGAAGAUAACAAGUAAUGCAAUAGAGCGUUAAAUCUGCCUUGUCCUUGUGUUCCCUGUCAGUCUCAUGAGAGAGGGCUUCACCCCAAGGGAAACAUCAACUGUGCUGGGUAUAAAGUGCUGACCUCAAUGGAUCAGUACCUGGAGCUGCUCAACAACAGCCUGCCUGGUGAGAACAUGUUACAACUGAGAACCAGGGAAGGGGUGGGGGUGAGGCACAUGUUACGCAGGUUGACGUUUACUGUCAUGAAUCUUGUCCUGGAGGCAAAACUGAGCGAUUUCUGCUAGAUGGGCUAGCUGAAAAGUCAAAAAUUGCCUAUAUCAUGAAUUUUUUGUUGUUGCUUUUUGGUGUUAAUUUAGGGUUAGAAGUGUGGUUAGGUUUAAAUUCAGACUAAGUGGGUCAGUUGAACAGUGUUUCCUCCGACUCAUUUCUGCGGCUGGCUUCCAGGUUAAGCGGGCGGGUGUUAAGAAGCACGGUUAGGCGGGUCAUGUUUCGGAGGACUCAUGACUCGACCUUCGCCUCCCGACCCCGUUGGAGAGUUGCAGCGAUGAGACAUUGGGGAGAAAAAGGGGGUAAAAAAAUAAAUAUAAGACUUAGUGGUUGUGCCAGCUAGUGACCAACCUGCAUAUGUUAAGACUCUUCACCUAAAAUGUCAUAUGUAAUCAUUUUAAAGAGGAACGGAGACCUCUUAUUGGUCUCAUUAUGAAAAGCUCAGUGUUAUUUCAUGAAAUGUGGACAUGUUCCUGUUUCUUAAGGUCUGUUUUUGUGCUACGGCAUGGUUCAGAAAAUGUGCAGAAAGGGCUACUUCCCUACUGGUGCAGGACAGUGUUUGAUUGAUGCAGUGUUGUAUAGACUGUAUUUAGAUUUGUAUAAAUUAUUUUGUCUAUAUUCUGUCUGUUUAUUCGGUUUAUUUUAAAGCGUUGUCAACACCAUUUUACCCGGGUCAAAAUUCCUGUUACAUGUGAAUGUACUUGGUGCAUAAAGGUUAUUGUGAUUUGUGUUUCAGGUGUAAAUGCUAAAGUGGGUAACUCUCCCUUCCUGAAGUGUGCCACCCAGUUCCCUCUGAUCCUGUGGCACCCGUACGCCCGCCACUACUAUUUCUGUGUGGUGACGGAGAAAGAACAGCAGAAGUGGCAUGCAGUCUUUCAGGACUGUGUAAGACAUGCCAAUGAUGGU